AUGCGGCAGGACACUACCCAAGCCUCCAAAGAGCAGCCGACACAGAAGGAGAUUCGCUGUCGACGACUUGUGGCAGAGACUGCGAAUCCCAGUUCUCGCUAUGUUGGCAACACGCCGAAAGAAGAGCUGCUGCUGGAACAUGUGAGGGAGUUUGAAGACCAGUUCGUCAAUGUCUACGGCAACCGCUUCCUCUUCCUUUGCCCUCCAAACGAGUAUGGUGUGCCCAAGUUUUUGCCCACCACACUGCGGCCCACGCAUCUUCCGUACCAAGAGCUUUACGAGUACAAGUCUUGUGCCAGAUUUCUUGCUGACUUUUUCAACUACGAUGAGCUCCACCCGGCUGACAGAUACCCCACAGUGGUGCCAGCUCCAGCAUCCGUGCUGAACUGGCAGGCGGGUGAUUGUUUUGAUCUAUCCAUUGCCCUUGCCUCGUUGCUCAUUGGAGUGGGCUACGACGCCUACUGCGUUAGUGGCUUCGCACCGAGGUUCAUCACAACUCGCAACGAAGCUCGCAGUGCAUGCCCACAGCUGGAUGCCGACAUCGAGGAAACCAAGGAGGAGGACAAGCAGGACGGGAGCGGGCGAUCGUAG